AGCGAGGUGUAUCGACUGCAGAACCGUAUUGAAGUGAUGGAAGCUGAUAAGGAUCGGCUUGAGCUGGAAGCAGAGAAACAGCAAAUGUUGGCAGCCAAGUCACGCGAAGAAUCUCGCAAAGCCCAAGAAGAGCUUUCUCGGGUGCAAGAGAUGUACGAUCGCGCAGCGCUGCAACUCGGUCGUACCAAGGAACACGAAGAAAAGUCAAAAGAAAACAUCGAUCGACUAAGCGUCGAUUUAGAAAUGGUGCGAGAGCGUUACGAGAAAUCGCAGAUCGAAUUGCGACGUUUGCAGAACGAGCGUGAAAAAUUAGUCGCAGACAAUGAACGCAUCAGUUUUGAACUGGAACGCGCACACUCGCAAUUGAACAAAGCACAGGCUGCAACGGAAAAGACACAAGAAGAGCUGGCACGUAUGCAGCUGGAAAUUGAAAAGAUGUACGAGAAACAUGAUCGUCAGCAAACUGAAGUAAGAAAGGCGCAGGCGGAAGCGGAACGGCUGCGAACUGAGGCAGAGAGCGCGCGCGAGGAAUGCGAGAGAUACGCGACCCGUUUUGGCAAGUAUCAAGAGAACCAAGAACGACAGAAAGAGGAGCACGAGUGGGCAAAGCUGGAAGUAGAACGAUUACGGGAUCGUUUGGAGAAGGCGCUGGCAGAACUCGAGCGAGCACGGAAGGCCGAACAGGAUGCUUCAAGACUGCGCGCCGAUCUGGAGCGUGCGGAGGGUGUGCGAGGUAAAUAUCAGUACGAGCAGGAGAAGUGGCAAAAUGAGGGUAGUAGGCUACAGCAGGAAGUAGAGAAAUUGCGCGAGCGGCUUGAAAAUCGCGACACCGAGCUCAAAAGAACGCAAUCCAGUAACGCCGAGCUCGAGGCAAAGCUGCAUGAAGCGCAGCUUCAACUCGAGCGGGCGCGUGACGAGACUGGCAAGGCAACAGCACAACAAGAGCGCAACCGCUCGGAGAUUGAGCGCGCGAGAAUCGAAGCCGAGAAAAUUCGCGAUCGGCAUGACAAGCUAAAAGCGCGAGCAGAUGUCUUAGAAGCAGAUAAUGAAAAGCUACGCGUCGAAAUUGUGCGACUCGAACGACUGAUGCAGACAGAAGGUAAAACGAGAUCAGAGAGUGCGAGUAUUGAAGUAGAACGUCUGCGAGCCAGUCUAGACAAGGCGAUUGUGGCGCGAGAUCAGGUUGAGCUUGAGGCCGGUAGACUCGCAAAAGAACUCGAGAAAGCGCAUUUGCAGACUGCGAAAUAUCAGGAAACCGCAGAAAACAGCAAGAAAGAACUCGAACGUCUUGUCGCGGAUGUGCAGUUACUGCGUGAAGAACGCGAGACGCUACGACAAGAAUUGCGCCGAGUACAACAGCAGCAACAGCAGCAACAGCAACAACAACAAAUCGCUGGCGGUGAAGAGCUUGCCCGGUUACAAUACGAACUGCAAGUUGCUCAGCGUGAUCGCGACAAGAUGGCAGCGAUUUUCGAGAAUCGAGAAAAGCACUCGGAAAAGAUGAAAGAGAAACUGGAGGCGGACGCAAAACAACUGCAGAUUGAGCGUGACCAGUUAGUGAUACAAUUGGAGAAAUCACAGGAAAUGCUGGUAAACUUCCAACAAGAGCUGAGUGCUAACGAAGCCGAAUUAGAGCGACAACGUGAGGAGGCUCGUCGUCUUCAGCAACGAGCUCACGCGCAGACGCCCGAUCGUAUCGCUAAAGAAGCGCUUGACGCGCAAAUGCGCGAGGUGCAGCGUCUUCAGCAACAGAUGCAAAGCCUUCAGCAAACGCAACAAAAAGAGCGGCAACGUGCCGAGCAGGCAGAAAAGCGGGUACAAGAGUUACAGAAGCAACUGACAUCGCGUGGUACCGAAACUGCGCAAGCCGAUGCGGCUCAGCUCGAGCAGUGGCGAAAGUUAUGCGAGACAGAACGACAGCGAGCGGACACAGCCGAGCGCGAAGCCGGCGAGUUGCAGAAACGGAUACAAGCGACCGAACGGCAGCUUCACGCGCAGCAACAGCAGAUCCAACAGAUGCAGGUUACGAUGCAACAACAGCAGCAGCAACUACAACAACCUCAACCGACUAUACAGCAAAAUGACCAAGAGAUCAACAGACUAAGAAAAGAGCUCGAACGCGCACACGAGGAGAUUAAACAGGCUACCGUGGAACGUGAGCGAUUUCAAGCACAGCUCGAGAUGUUGUGUCAGGAAUUGGAGAAAAAUCAGGUUGAUUUGCACGAGACGAAACAGAAACUUCAUCAAGCUGGAGCUGCGAAAAUUGGCGCCGAUCUUACUACUCAGGAGAGGAAACAGUUAGAGGAACAAAGACGACAAUUAGAAGAGCAGAAAAAACAAAUAGAGGAAAAGAUGAAGUCCGUAGAUCAGAAAGCUAGAUCAAUAGAAGAGAAGGAGAAGACGCUCCAAAGUCUUGAUCAGGAUAUCAAGAAGAGGAAGACGAGAUUGGAUCAACUCGAGCAGCAGUUACAAAAGGAUGGAGAUUUCAGCGUUGAAGACAAGCCUCGCUUUAGACAGCCAAAACAAUUCGAAGACAAAGACUUGGAGACAAUACUCGAAGAAGAUCAGAGUCAAACGCAAGAGGAGCUUGCAGAAUCAUUGGGAGUAACUCAACAAGCCCUUUCUGUACGAUUAAGAGCCAUGGAAAUGAUUCAAAAACAAGGAAAUUGGGUGCCUUAUGAACUAAAACCGAGAGACAAAAAAUACUACGCUAAGCCCAGUCAAUCGUUGCCAUUGACCUCAACAUCAACACCAAACCCGAACAUUCAUGGUUCGAAGAUCACGCUGUGUAUCUGGUGGGACCAAAAGGGUGGUGUUUACUAUGAGCUGCUGAAACCUGGCGAUUCUAUUACAG